GAGGAUCUGGCGGUCCGGAGGCGAGGGGCGCGGGGCGGGCGAGCCGCUGUGGGUGGUGAUAGAGCCCGCGAAUGUCAAGGGGCAGAGGUCGUCCAGCGACCCCACGCUGAGCGCUGGAAAGCGGUCGCCGGCAUGCACCGUCGUGUCUGAGCUGAGGCAAAGCCUAGACGGUCUUGUCUUCCGGUCUCCAGGGCGCGGAUGGCGUCAGGGCGCCCCGAGGAGCUGUGGGAAGCCGUGGUAGGGGCUGCUGAGCGCUUCCGGGCCCACACCGGCAUGGAGCUGGUGCUGCUGACGGCUGCGCCGCCCCCGCCGCCCCUCCCUGGCCCCUGCGCCUAUACAGCCCAUGGCCGCGGGGCUCUGGCUGAGGCUGCCCGCCACUGCCUCCAGGACAUCGCCCUGGCCCACAGGGCUGCCACUGCCGCCCGGCCCCCCCUCCCCCCACCAGCACCACAGCCACCCAGCCCGGUAGGGAGCCCGUCCCAGCUUGCCCUGCCCAGGGAGGAAGACAAGGAGGACGAGGAUGAGCUGACAGAGACAGAGACCUCUGGGGAGCGGCUGGGCGUCAGCGAUAACGGAGGGCUCUUUGUGAUGGACGAGGACGCCACGCUCCAGGACCUGCCCCCCUUCUGCGAGUCGGACCCUGAGAGCACAGACGACGGCAGCCUGAGCGAGGAGACCCCCACUAGCCUCUCCGCCUACGCAGUGCCCCCGGCCUCAGCCCUGCCCACUCAGCAGUACGCCAGGUCCCUGCCUGUGUCCGUGCCCAUCUGGACUUUCAAGGAAAAGAGGACAGAAGCACGGUCAUCGGAUGAAGAGAACGGGCCGCCCUCCUCGCCAGACCUGGACCGCAUCGCGGCCAGCAUGCGCGCGCUGGUGAUGCGGGAGGCCGAGGACACCCAGGUCUUCGGGGACCUGCCACGACCGCGACUAAACACCAGCGACUUCCAGAAGCUGAUCCGGAAAUACUGAGGCCCAGGGAGAGAGUCUCCUGGCCCAGUGUCCGCCGGCCCUACACUACACCCCGCCCCGCCCCCAGGCCCGCCAAUCGGAGUCCGAUCCCUCUCAGCCUUCCACCCCCUUCCGCGCGAGGUGUGGGGCCUGUCCAGUGCUCACAGGCUGUCGCCCCUUUCCCUGCCCAGCGACAGAUGGUUUCUAUUAAGGGACUGGCUUGCUCUCCAAUCGGGAGUGUCUAGUUCUAAACCCUAAAUGGGUGGAGUCGCGUCGUUUUCUGCCUAGCGACAAGGGCUUUGCUCGCACGGCAUUGGCUCUAACCCCGUAGCCAAGGCCCAGGAUUGGGUGGUGGCGCUCCACUUCAGACGGUGAAUGGGCAGCUUCAUUUGAUUGGCUGGAACCCUGUAAAGGUCUACACCAAUCUGCCAGUCACCACUUGCCCUUCCUAGAUUCUCCUACCUGAUUGGGUCCUGCCUCCUGGGGGCGUGGCCAAGCCCUUCUGUGCCCAGGAUUAGCCUGUGGCCUUAAAUUUAGGUUCUUGACACUACUGGGGCUAAGACCGUUUUUGUGUGUUUUUUUUUACUAAAUCCUGACAACUGGUCUCUGGCCCCUCAGGGAUGGCCCGGUCUUGUCCCAGCGUCUGACACACUCACGGGUCCUUCCCAUAACAGCCUGCCAAUCGGAAGCCUGUCCUUUUAUCAGGACGUUACCAGCUCCCGCCCCUCGCCCCUUCCCCCACAGGUGCCUUAAAGGGCCCUUGUCCACCCAAGGUGGGGGGCAGGGGCCCUCACUCUCCGGCCCUGAUGUCGGGGGGAGUUGGGGGGUGGGGAUCGCGAGUUGGGAGAGGCGCUCUGAGAUUAAAGAGUUUUACCUCUGUUAAA